AUGGUUCACAACGGAUUUGGCUCCUCUUUCCAGCAUUCUGACAAAGCACAACCUAUCGAAUACCUGGACACCCUCUUCAAAAGCGCUAUCAUUGCACCAGCAGCAACAAGGGCAACACCGUUGGACCCUUGGGGCAAUGUUAAGGUACCAAGAAUCGAACAGUACGAGAACAACGCAUCUCCAGACGAUGAUGGCUGGUUUGAUGUGGGCGCAGGGAAUACUAGCAUCUACACGUCUUUGAUUGGUAUUCCAAUGGCCGGAGCAGAUUCGUCCGCGUACAUCAACUACAGUACAACUAUCCAUACGCCAUACUUGAACGUAAACUGUGCCCUCAAUUCUUCGAUAGACCUAGAUUGGGUCCGGACGCAUCCUCCAGAUCGGACACGUUUCCAAAAUUCCAGUGGGAUUUCCGCUUUGAUAUUUGCAGAACAGAGCAGACAAAGGGUCAAGCUGACUGAUCUGCGCCCGUACCAGUUCAGUUACGUCACCUUAUCGUUUGAAGACGACUUCAAGCUAGACUGUAACGUCACGAACUCAUAUGUCGAAAGCAGGCUCGUUUGUCCUCAUGUCUCCGACUGCAAGAUUGACAAGAUCCGUCGGUCUUUGCUUAAUCAUCUGCCCGAGAACUGGACUAUGUUGGACAUACAUUAUAACAACCCUUCUAUGGCUUUUGGCUCGUUCAUCAGGAGCUUUGGGGGCGACGGGAAUGCCGCAACACUCCUCGAUCGUUACCUUUCCGAUCCAACACUCGAUGUUUCUGAUAAGACAAUGUACAGAGUCAACAGAACAACUGAGGUCAACUACUCAUUACGGUUCAUGCAACUUCUCAACUCUUAUUUUACCGGCAUGAAUAGCUUGUAUGCUAUUACUGGAGGCCUCAAUAAUGACACCGCUUAUUACUGGGAUAACGAAACUUCGUUCGUUCCAGAGGUGUCUACAAACAAUUUGACCAUAGCAGCAUACAACACUACUGACUAUGCGGGCAUAUACAACUGGACUGGAGAAAGUAAAAAAGCAAGGGUUUGGCAGUCGGAAGGCCUGAGAUGCACAGUUACAGAGAUCCUCAUAGCUAACAAGCCGUGGGUUGCCACAUUGGCUUUUGUAUCGAUCGUGCUUAUAGCCGCAAGCUUGGUCUCUCCACUGAUUCACUGUUUCCUGAUCAACGGCCCGGAGGUGAUGAUGAACAUCUCAAGCUUGGCCACAAGACACAAUCCUCACGUACCAUUGCCUGAUGAUGGCUCCUUCAUGGAAGCGUCAGAUCGCGCAAGACUGCUCAAGAACGUGCGCAUCCGUUAUGGAGACAUUGAGGGGCAGGCUGGUGUUGGACGCUUGGUCAUCGGGGUACCACGCAAUCUUGAUGGGCAAGCUAUAGGUAAAAUACAACAAGGAAGACUGUAUAGAUAG